AACGCCGCGACAGCAACACAAGUUGUUCUAACAAUUUAAAUUCAUUUCUUAUUUAAUUUUAGGCGCAUUGAAAUGCGAGUUUUAAUUGCUUUAAUUUUAGUGCAAGUGCUUAAGCUUAAUAGCGCCGAGUACUUUAGUUCCACAAGUGGAUUGGAGCAGCUGCUGGGCACUGAGCUCGUACUUUUGGAUGAACUACAGAAAUAUGUUAAUGAAAUCAAAGAUCAUGCAGAGCUGCUGCAAAGCGAAAUCGAUGUUAUAAGGGCGGAGCAUGUGAGCGCCGCAGAGCAGAGCCAUGAAUACCUAAACAAUCCGUUGAAUGCGUUUCGCCUGAUUAAGCGACUGCACAGCGAUUGGGAGACCAUCGAGCGCAGCGUGGAGAGCGAGGCAAGCGCCACAAAUUUUCUCGAGGCCGUGACGCGCUGCAGGCAGCACUUGAGCUAUCCGACGUCGGAUGAUUUUGUGGGCACGACGCUGGCGCUGACGCGACUGCAGCAGACCUACGAGCUGGAUGUGGCUGAGCUGGCAAGCGGCAUGCUGCAGGGCGUCAAGUACGGCACGGCCAUGAGCUGGCAGGACUGCUUUGUCCUGGGCCAGCAUUUGUAUCAGCUGCGCGAUUACAACAACACGCUGCCCUGGCUGCGUCAGUCGAUGGAGCUGCUGCUGCAGGAAAGCUACAGCAACGAGUCGUUCUCGCUGGACUUUGUUGAAACUGUGGCGGGCUAUCAUCAGUCGCUGGGCGACCAUGAGCAGGCGCUGCAGCUUGUCAAUCAUGUGCUUAGAGUGCAGCCAGAGCAGCGCUUGCAUUUGCUGGCAACACGCGCAGAGCUUGAGCAACUAAUACGCGAUGGCAUUAAGCAGGGCUUGCUGCAUGAUCCAGCACUGCACACACCCAACUAUCAUCAGAGCCAGGAGUUUAAGCAGUAUCAACAAGUCUGUCGCGAGCAGCUGCAGCCAUCAGCAGCAGCUCAGCGACACUUGCGCUGUCGUCUGCAGCGAGCUAAAAGCUAUUUCAACUAUAAGCUGGAGGAGCUGCAGUCGGAGCCCUACAUAGUGCAGGUGCAUGAGGUUGUCAGCCUGGCGGACUCACUCAAGCUGCAGCAGCUGGCGCGUCCUGGUCUGCAACGCUCCGAGGUUUACAGUGUGCACGGCAGCGAGCGCAUCUCGGCCAACUAUCGCACCAGCCAAGGCACCACAUUUGAGUACGAUCAUCAUCCAGUUAUGCUCAAGCUGCGCCAGCACGUCGCCCACCUCACUGGACUCAAUAUGCAGCAUGCUGAGCAACUGCAGAUUGCCAACUACGGCAUAGGCGGCCACUAUGAGCCGCACAUGGAUAGCUUCGAUGACAGCUACGACUACAGCGAAGAGGAUGACACAACUAAUCGCAUUGCCACUGGCAUUUUCUAUCUAUCCGAUGUGCAAGCUGGUGGCGGCACCGCCUUUCCCUUCCUGCCGCUACUGGUCAAGCCUGAGCGCGGCAGUCUGCUGCUCUGGUACAAUCUGCACACCUCUGGUGAUCCCGACUAUCGCACCAGGCAUGCUGGCUGUCCAGUUCUCCAAGGCAGCAAGUGGAUUGCCAAUGUCUGGAUACGGCUGCGUAAUCAAGACCAUGUCAGACCCUGCGCACUCGAAAGUGAUACGCAUCUUUCACUGCCCUUCAAGGAUCACAAGUACUAGUUAGUUUAUUAUUAAUAUUAUUUAGUAACAUUUAUUACUCAGCCAUAUGUGAUGUUUAUAGAGAUUCAAAUAAAAGCAAAUACUUUGA